GAGUAUCUGUAUAUUUUCGUUUUCUUCUUGACUUUUCACAGCUUAUUUUUCAUUUAAUUUGCUCUUUCUUCUGUGGAUUCAAUUGAUCACUGCAUUUUCCGGCAUUGGCGCCGCCGAGCUCACUCCGGCUACUGCUUUUUUGGCCAUUCCAUUUGGAUUCGUUUUCGAUUAAUUUGGAGCGAAUAUGACUGUGGAUGAAGUGAUGGCCGUGCAUGCGGUGGAGGAGGAGAUGGCGGCAUCGUCUUCGUCCAAGGUUGAGACUGUGGUGAAGGAAGAUCACGGGAAAGAGAACGAAAAGGAAGAUUCCAAUGGCACCAAUGGGAAGACUGUCAGGGAAGACACCGAUGGUGACGGUGAUUACGUUUUCGUUAACGGAAACGAAGCCGAAAACGGAGAUCUAGUGGAGUCGGAUCUUGACAAAAACGGCAAUGGCAUUGGUGUGGAAGAUCAGGGGUUUGAGAGUUUGGAGACUAAAGGAGAAGUCAAAUCUAAAUUUGAUUUGGUAGAAAAGGAUGAAUCUUGUAUUGGAAUUGUGGAUCAGGACAAAGAAUCAGUGGAACUGUGCCACGUGAAGGCUCCCGUUGAUGAACAAAAAUCGGGGGAUCUUGUCGAGGGCGGUCCUGUUUCUGCUACUAAUGCUGGGAUGGCUGAUCAGAAUGGAAUCUCUGAAUUGACUGAAGAUGUAUUUGUUGAUAAGAAUAUAGUUAAACACACUGUUUCAGAAGCUGCUGUUGUUGAUUCCAGUGCUAGACAGAGUGAUGAGAUUUCUCCUGUCCCUGGCCCUGAUGGUAAUGGCUCGGCUAAUGAUAGUGCCCUUGAUUUUAGGUCAAAAGAGAAUGAGGGCUCCGAAAUAGCUGUAGCUGAUGAUGGUGAUUGCAGUGGAGAUGGUUUAGUUAAUGAUAGUGUUGAAGCCCCUGUUUCUGAAGCUGAUGUUCUUGAUUUCAGGUCAAAAGAGAGUGAGGGCUCCGAAAUGACAGUAGCUGAUGAUGGUGAUUGCAGUGGAGAUGGGUUAGUUAAUGAUAGUAUUGAGGCCCCUGUUUCUGAAGCUAAUGUGCUCUAUUUCAGGUCAAAAGAGAACGGGGGCUCUGAAAUGGCUGUAGCUGGUGAUGGAGAUUUCAAUGGAGAUGGUUUUGUCAAUGACAGUGUUGAGGCAACUGUUUCUGAAGAUACUGUUCUUGAUUUCAGGUCAAAAGAUAAUGAGGACUCUGAAAUGGCUGUAGCCGAUGAUGGUGAUUGCAAUGGAGAUGGUUUAGCUAAUGAUAAUGCUAAGGCCACUGUCUGUGAAGCCAGCGUUAUCAAUUCCAGGUCAAAAGAGAAUGAGGGCUCCGAAAUAACUGUAGCUGAUGAUGGUGAUUGCAAUGGAGACAGUUUAGCUAAUGAUAGUGCUAAGACCACAGUCUCUGAAGCCAGCGUUAUUGAUUCCAGGUCAAAAGAGAAUGCGGGCUCUGAAAUGGCUGUAGCUGAUGGUGGUGAUUGCAAUGCAAAUGGUCUAUCUAAUGAUAGUGCUGAGGCCACUGUCUCUGAAGCCAAUGUUAUUGAUUCCAGGUCAGAAGAGAAAGAGGGUUCUGGAGUGGCCGUAGCUGCUGAUGGUGAUUGCAGUGGAGAUGGUUUAGCUAAUGAUAGUGCAAACGCCACUGUCUCCGAAACUAAUGUUAUUGAUUCCUCGUCAGAAGAGAAAGAGGGCUCUGAAAUGACUGUAGCUGCUGAUGGUGAUUACGGCGGAGAUGGUUUACCUAAUGAUAGUGCUAAGGCCACUGUCUCUGGAGCCAAUGUUGAGGAAUCUGAAGUGGCUGUAGUUGUUAAUGGUGAUUGCAGUGGAGAUGGUUUAGCUAAUGGUUCUGCUGAGGCCGCUGUCUCUGAAGCUGCAGUUGUUACUAGGAAUGAACAUAAAGGGGUCUGUGAUGAUGAGGUUCCUAUUGUCUCUGUGCCUGACAGUAACGGGGAUUGUUUCCCUGAUGUUAGUGAAAAUGACACUGUUUCAGAAGCUGUUCUUGUUGAUUCCAGGGUUGAACAGAACGACAGUGUUCCAGGCUGUGUCUCUGGUUCUGAUACUGUGGAAGAUACUUCAGAAGUUUUCAAGCCUGAACAGAAUGAGUCUGAAGCUGAUUCUCCUGGUCCUGUAUCUGAUGGUGAUGGUUAUGGAUACAGGCCUGAGCAAAAUGGGUUCUCUGGAAUUGCUGAGACUGUGCUCCCAGAUGUUGCAUCUGGAAAUGAAUUGGUUAAAGAUGGGGAAAGUUUAACAGCUGUGGAUGACUUUCCUGUGGAAAGUGGUUCAGAUUUGGAACCAAAUACUGAACGAGAUUUGUGCUUGGAGGCAGAUAUCCAUUUAGAAAAAGAAACCGGUAAUGGUUCUUUAUCUGAUGAAUGUGGAGAGGCCUUGCAGGAUGUUCACACUCAGGAUGGUAUUUCAGAGGCAGUUCAGAUUGACAACUCCAGUGAUUCAGGUUUAAACUCACAACAAGGUCAGUCUUCUGAAUUUGUGGAAAGUAUAAAUGAGAAUGUGCAUGUUGAAAGGGCUACUACUAAUGAUAUGGUAACUGACUCAGCUGAUGUUGCGGAAGGCUCAUCCUCUAAGGUUAUGCUCAGUAAUAAUUUAAGUAUUGAAAAUGGUGUUAGUGAUACUACAGAUAAGACUUUUCCACCUUCUUCUGUUGAUGAUGAGAAACUGGAAACUGAAGGUGAGAAUAGCAGAGUGGGUUUAGAUCCCUGUCUUGUUGAGAACUCGGAGAUGGAUAUAAAGGCUGAGAGUGAUUCUGUUGAUGAUAAAUUUAAGUCAAGAUGUGUGGCAAAUGAUGAUGAUUCUAUCAUAUCCAAAGAGGCCGAGGUUUCAAAAGUGCUUGUUGAAUGUCAUAGCACUGAAACUGAUGAGAAAUUGGUAGCUGUGGUUGAUGUUCAAGAUGAUAGUAACUCGGUUGCUGCUGUAAGUAAUGAUGAGAAAGCAGCCGCCCCAAUUGAACAAUUGUCUGCAGAUAUUUCUGACAAUGAUGAGCUUGUAUAUGAAUCUAGAGAAUCAGAUUGUGAUACUAACAACAAUGAGCAAACUUGUGCUGUCAUAAAGGGUGGAAUUCAGUUUGGUAGUGUUGUUACAGGUCAAGAACCAGAAGAACCAGAAGGCGUUGAUGAGGUUGAAAGGAAAAGUCCAUUUUACUUCUUGAUCAGGGUCCCAAGAUAUGAUGAUGAAAAUUUAAAAGAAAAAAUCAGGCUUGCUCAAAUUAGAGUUGAUGAAGAAACUCAAAGUCGGGAUGCCAUUCGAAUUGAAAUACAAAAGAUGAGGGCUGUUUGCAAGAAAUAUGGCGAUAACAUUGAUGCUGCCAUAUCCCAAGAAAGAGCAGUACGAGAUUUGCAUAGGUCCAAACGUCAAGAAAUAGACUCUAUUCAAUCUAUGAUGAACAUUGAGGAUAUUGAUGCUCAGAUACGAAACAUGGAGCACAUGAUACAACAUGAAACCAUGCCUCUUAAGGAUGAAAAACAGUUUAUUCAUCAAAUCAAGCAAUUUAAGCAAACUCGUGAACGGAUCUCUUCUAGUAUGAGCAAGCAGGAUGAAGUUCAGCAGGGUUUGGACCAAAAAGACCAAAUUAAGGAGCGCAUGAAGCCUUUAAAGAAAGAAGCAGAUCAAUUGAAAGUCAAUCUCCUGAAGGCCGAGGCAGUUACUAAGGCUGCUAAGAAAGAGUAUCACGAUGAAACUGAAAAGUUAAAUAAAUUGCAGUCCCAGUUCAAAGCUGCUGAUGACAUUCGCCAAGAAGCUUACGCGCUGCUGCAGAGUUUGAGGAAACAAUCAUAUGAGAAGAACAAAUACUUCUAUCAGUACAGGGAUGAUGCAAAGGCAGCAAAUGAUUUGGCUUUGAAAGGGGACAAAGAGGCACUCCAAAAUCUGUGUGUUAACCAGGUGGAGAAAUUUAUGGAAUUGUGGAACAACAAUGAUGAAUUCCGUAAAGAGUACAUCCGAUGCAAUACCAGAAGCACAUUAAGGAGGCUGAGGACAUUAGAUGGCCGUGCACUUGGUCCUGAUGAGGAAGCACCUGUAAUUCCUGCAAUUCCUAAAGUUGUAAACGAACGAGUGGCCAAGGAUCAAACAGUUUCCAGCUCAACUUUGGAAGAGCGAACUCAAGAGAAGACUGCACCUGCAAAAGCUGAAAUAGCUAAGGCUAAACCUGCGGCAAAGUCCAUGGAACAAAAGAACCUGACAAGUAAAUCAGAAAAGCCUGUGAAAUCUGUCCCUCCUGCAAGUGGUUCAACCACUGCUUCUAGCAGGGAUAAAAUUGAAGAAGCAGAAGAAAAACCGAAGAUAACAAAGGAGGAAGAGGAAAUGGCUAGGAAGGCAGAGGAAUCGAGAAAGGAAGAGGAAGCAGCUAAAUUAAGGGAGCAACGUCGGUUGGAGGAGAUAACUAAAGCUAAGGAGGCACUAGAAAGGAAGAGGCGAAAUGCAGAGAAGGCACAAGCCAGGGCUGCACUAAGAGCUCAGAAAGAAGCUGAGCAGAAGGAGAAGGAAAGAGAAAAGAGGGCAAAGAAGAAAGAAAGAAGAAAGGUGGCUGCAGCAGGAGUAGGGGAUGCAAGUGUUACAGACGAAACCGAAUCUGCUCUGACUUUGGAAACUCCAGCUGAAACUCCAAAAGAUUUUGAAAGUACAGAGAAACCUGUGACAGUGGCAAAGAGGUCUCAAAAGCCACCACAGUUCACAAAACAAAGCAAGGCAAAAUCCAUUCCGCCGCCACUUCGUAACCGUGGUAAGAGAAGGAUGCAGCAAUGGAUGUGGGUCCUUGUUACAUCCCUGAUUGUUUUGGCCUUGUUUUCGGCCGGAAACUAUAACUUCUCUUUCAACUUUGGGCUGCUGCAAAAGUUUAACUUUUAGACACACACAUAUAUAUAUACAUAUAUUGGCUCAAUUAGCUGGCAAGUAAUCAACAUAGACUGGGUCGAUAUCUCCAUUUGAUAUAGGCAAUUCUUUUGUGCUCUUCUCGGGGUGGGGUUUUUUUUUUUGUCAUUAUUUAUUCCUUAGUCUUGAAUUCUAUUACAAUAGUGUCAUUGGAUUAGAUUGGUUGACGGUCAACUGCUAAGUUAAUAUAAGAGAACUUCCACUGGUAUUGUUAAGUUGGUGUGUUGAUGGACGAUAUAUUAUUAUUAUUUUAUUAUUAUAAUAAUAAUAACGAGAUACUAUACUGGUUUCUUUA